UCUGCGUGUUUAUGAUACUUGAGUGACAGGAUGGUCUUUUUUUGUGAUGUAGGGGGUGAACGGUGACAUUGUCCCCCCUCUCUGUCACGUGCUGUGGAAUAUGCUGGCUGCUUUUGUCAGCCUGUGACUCGUUCUGCUUUUCUGGCACUUUCAUACAAUGGUGCCCUCAUGCACUGAUGUUAUCAAGCCCCUCAUAGUGCGACUGCUGGAACUCAGGCCUUAUGGAAGCAUCCUUACCUUGGACACAUGGAUAACGCAACCUUGAGACACAGCAAGCGCUCAUAGCAAGGAGGACUCCGGGAGUCAACGAUCAGGAUGUCUCUGAGAACAGAAGGGGUCCAGUGUGCUGGUGUUGCUGUGGAGUUUGACAAUGAUAAUGACAGAGAAUCAUCUGUGGUCAAAGCCAGGAAUAUACCACGAUCAGCCCUCAUCUACCUCAAGGGUCCCAAGUUCCUCAUCUAUGUGAGUGGAGCGUUAUCUAUGUGGGGUGAUCGCAUGUGGCAUUUCGCCAUCUCUGUCUUCCUGAUUGAGCUCUAUGGACAUAACCUACUGUUAACUGCCAUCUUUGGACUAGUGGUGGCCGGAUCGGUGCUCUUAUUAGGGGCCUUGAUAGGAGACUGGGUCGAUCGCAACCCAAGGAACAAAGUGGCCCAUGCAUCCCUGUUCAUUCAGAACACCUCAGUGACUGUCUGCAGCAUUGUGCUUAUGUUGGUUUUCUCAUACAAAAAAUGGAUUGAGGAAAUCUGGGAUGGGUGGCUGACUGUGGUUUGUUAUACGGUGGUGAUCAUCCUGGCAGAUGUGGCGAACCUCGCCAGCACAGCUCUCACCAUUGCCAUCCAGAGGGAUUGGAUAGUGGUGAUCACAGGCUACAACCGUGGUCACCUCGCAGGAAUGAAUGCUACGAUGAGGCGGAUUGAUCAGGUUACCAACAUCCUGGCUCCCCUGGCGGUGGGUCAGGUAAUGACCCUGGCCUCUAAUGUGGUUGGCUGUGGCUUCAUCUUAGGAUGGAAUGUGGUGUCCCUCAUUGUAGAGUUCAUCUUCCUCUCCAGAGUUUAUCGUAUCGUACCUGCACUGUCUGUCAAACCUCCAGCAAUGGAACAUCAAAGCUAUCUAGAGAAGAAAAGAGAAAGAAGAUGUUUAAAAGGCAGAACCUCAUCAUGUCCAGCUCCAGCCAUCUCAGAGGAAACUUCCAGUGGCCUGCAUUUACAAGAAAUGACCAGAAUCCCCAUGUGCAUCCAGCGCCUGCGUGGGCUCCUCAGCACCUGCCAGGAGGGAUGGAGGGCUUACUACAGACAACCUGUUUUCCUAGCCGGCCUGGGCCUUGCAUUUCUAUACACCACGGUACUGGGUUUCGACUGCAUCACAACGGGUUAUGCCUACACGCAGGGCAUCAGUGGUUCCCUACUCAGCAUUCUGAUGGGCGUAUCGGCGGUGGCGGGGCUUUUGGGCACUGUCCUGUUCACAAAGCUGCGGAAAGCAUUCGGCCUGGUCAACACUGGGGUCAUUUCCAGCGCUCUGCACAUGCUUUGCCUGUUGCUUUGUGUGUGCUCUGUAUUUGCCCCCGGGAGUCCCAUAGACCUCAGCGUACUCAAUAUAGGGAAUGUGUCGGAUGUGGGUGGAAUGACUGGAGGUCAUCAGAGGCACGGAUACCCAUUGCGUGGAGGUAUCAAUCAGCCUCUGCUGCCCGACCGUUCCUCCAUUCACUGGACCAAUAACACCGUGCUGUUUGAGAAUGCACCGGCAGGGACAGAACCAGAGUCUUAUAUAUCCAUCAUCCUGCUGUUUCUUGGAGUCAUUACAGCUCGAGUUGGUCUAUGGUCAUUUGACCUGACAGUGACUCAGCUCCUGCAGGAGAGCAUCUGUGAAUCAGAGCGAGGGGUGGUGAACGGUGUCCAGAGCUCCAUGAACUACCUAAUGGACCUGCUGCACUUUCUCAUGGUCAUCGCUGCGCCUCAGCCACAACACUUUGGCAUUCUUGUCAUCAUCUCCGUCCUGUUCAUUUUUACGGGACACACCAUGUACUUCCUGUACGCCAGGAAAGCCAAGAGGAAACCACGUACAAACACUUGAGCAACACUGCUCUGCUUGUUGCUCACCAGCUUGUGAAUGUGUCUCCAUUCCUGUACUGUUUUCAGCUGCACUUACACAAAAGUUACUCUAUCCAGAUCACUAUACUAAAAAAAAAAACAAAUCUGUUGCUGUGAUCUCUUAUAACUGGGAGGAACAAAAAGGGUUUGGCAGCAACGCAUUACUCAGGUCAACAAAAUCAGGAAACAGCGCCUCCUGCUGACAGAAAAAAGCAACUUCAUCAGUAUCAGAGACCCCGUUUGCAAGUGGGCCAUUCUAAAAACAGAUCUAAAUGGGAUCUGAAAAGAGGUUGUAAUUUCAAGCUCAUUUCUCCAGCCUCCUAAAGUUAAACUAUUGAGUUUUAUCAGUUUUGAAUCCAUUCAGCUGAUCUCCAGGUCUGGCAGGAGCACUUUUAGCUUCGCUUAGCAUAGUUUAUUGAAUUAGACCAGGGGUAGGCAAACUUGGUCCUGGAAGGACUGUACAGUUUAAAGCAGCGGUCACACUGGGCUUUUCCUCUCAUGGACUUCCAUUCAAACGCUCGCAAAUGCGUCAGACCGGAAAUGCAGGGUCAUGCGUCACUUGACUGCGUGAGACCAAUCAAGGAUCAAAACAUGACAUCUCUGGACAGAAAUUUAAAACAUGGAGCAAUCGCUCGCUUUUAAAAAUGUCUAAUCCUGCCCCUUUUCGUAGCGCCGCAUGACAGAAAAUCGCAUGCUCAAACUCUAAUGUGACAACAGCUUAACUGCAACUCUAAUCAAACACACCUGCUUAUAGAUUUCUUGUGACCAUUAAGACACUGAUUGGCAUGUUCAGGUGUUUUUGAUUAGAGUUAAACUAUGCAGGACACCGGCACUCCAUGACCAAGUUUGCCCACCCCUGGAUUAGACCAAUAGCAUCUCACUCAAAAAAUUAAUUGUAUUAUCCUUCUGUGGGUACAUCAUGCACUAAGAAAAACAGAAAAUGAAAAGUUGUUAUUUUCUAGGCUGAUAUGACUAGGGAUGACUAGCAUUACCUCGUAAUAGUCAAGAAACUUUGCUGCCAUACCAUUGGCUGCUGCAGGCGCAAAGAUAUUAUGUAGCCCCUAAACUUGUUGGCUAAUAUCAUUGUGCCUGCUGCAGCCAUGGUAAAGCAGCAAGGUUCCUUGAUUAUUUCACUUGAAUGAGAAUAUAGUUCUUAGACAUAUUGACCUAGAAAAUAGCAACUUCUCAUUUUCUGUCGGUCAUAGUACAAAAAUGUAACUACAGAAGAGUCAAACUUUAAAUAGGAAAAUUAUUAAAACUCUUUGAAUUAUGCUAAGCUAAACAUGCUAAAUUGUUUAACUAUAGUGGAGUUGAACCUAUUUUUAAAAUUAGUAUUCCUUUAAACACUACAAGACAUGUUGUUGAAAUGCGCUGAACAAAUCUUCAAGUUUUGUUUAAACAUGACAAGUGUCAACAUGACUUAUAAUGUUUGAAUUAGUUUAGUAGGUACAGAGCAGGUAGUCUCUGGUGGCUGUUUGAAUGUGUUCGAUAUUGUGAAUAUCUACAUUACAGGCUUGUUUACACCUGGUAUUAACAAUGCAAUAGGAGAUCUUGGAAAAUGCUAACAUUAGCCUCGUAGCAAUGAAAGCCUACAUCCCACACUGCAAAUCACCAUCCAAAGCCAUGCCUCCUGAAUAAAUAAACUUUCACUAUACAACAUCACUGUAAUACAUUACGUAACUUUUUUUCAAAGUUAAACUUUAUAAUACAAUUAGUAAUUACAAUAGCAAACUUUAAAAAAAAGGUAGGUUUUUGAUGUUUACCUUCCAUUCUUUAUCUAAACCUCAUCUGUGAAUGUGCUGAUGAUGUAAUCUGUAAUUGAUCUGUAAUUGCAGAGGUAUGAAAUCAAAUAUUUUCAGGACAAACAUUGUGAUUGGACAAACUUAACUUGGUCUACAUCUUCCACAGAAUAUUAAAAGACAUAUAGUUUUGGACCACUUAAUUAUAUUAUUGUUACCAGAAUGCGAAGAGACUUUUAACCAGCAUAACAAAAAUAGUUUCUGAAGACAAUCACCUAGGCCACCCUAAAAGUACUUAUUUAUUUGUAGAUCUGAUCACAAAUGGAAAAUCUGAUCAACCAAAAUGCUUAAUACGAGCUGUAAACGGGCCCCUAGAAGUUAAUAAGUGUCUUAAAAUGCACAGUAUUACCACAAGAACAUGACUAAACACAGCUGACACAACAUGUUUUCAUUGAUCAUUAGCCAGGCAAACACCUUUUUUGUAAAUCUUCUCACAUUUGUCAACUUACCAGCACGUUGCCACCAGGCGUUUUUUUAUUUUAUUUUAUUUUUUAUUAAAUAUCAGUAAAUGUCUCUUUUUUUCAUGAUUACUUGGUUUCUGAAUAAAGCACACAAAGUACAAAUCUCGUCCAACAGACAAAAGAUGUUUUUUACAGCAUAUAAGGAGACUAUCUUUCUUUCUUUUUUGUGCUUUUAACUGAAUGAUUAAUCUUUUAGUUUGAUCCCUAACUUUUCAAGUGAAAUAUUAGUGAGUUUUAACAAGACCGUGGACUUUAAUGUAUCUGUUGCAUGUUUAUAUAAUUAUCAUGUCAAGGUCUUUUAACUGACUACUAUAACUGAGUGUUCUUUAGAGUUCAAAAUGGAUGAAGACAGAAUCUUAUACCUCAGCACUUAACUGUUAUGUUUUGAACUCUAGCUUAAACUUAUUUGUGGACAGUAACUACAGAAGUAAUGGUUAACAGAUACGUAAAAUAUUCAGACUGCAUUUCACCUGUUUAAUUUGUGUUAAUAAUAUAUUAUAUGGAUUAUGAGACAGUUCUUUUCACUGAUUAUUUUUACUGCUGAUGUGUAAUGUUAAAUGUUGUUUGAGGACUCUUUAAGUGUCAGACAGUUCAAUGAAAACCAAUAAAAUUGCUUUGAGAAGGC